GUACUCCCGGGACACCGUAGGAGCCGGAAGCAGCAGCAGCAGCUCCUAGGCACCUGGAGCGCGAGACGCUGCUCCCAGACAACGGAUCACGUGACCGGCCCAGGAGACAGGCGGCGGCUGUGUCCUGCAUACAGCUGAGGAGGUGUCUCUCCAUUCCUCAGACAUGAGGGUAACUGGAAUUGCCGGUUCCUGCUGAGUGACGGAGAAGCCUGUCCUUCACGUCUCACCAUGGGGAAGAAGAGCAUGAAACCUGCAAGCAAAACCUGCGCCGACCCUGGAGAAGGAGCUCGGCACCACGGCACCUGGAGCCUUGUGGUUUUCACUUGUGUUUUCGCUGUCUACAUUAAGACUUUACACCCGUCUUUACCGGGAGGAGAUUCAGGGGAGCUGAUCACAGCCGCCUAUGAGCUCGGAGUCGCUCAUCCUCCUGGAUAUCCGUUGUUCACUUUGCUGGCCAAACUGGUGAUGGUUCUUCUGCCGAUCGGCUCCAUUGCGUAUCGAGUCAACCUUCUCUGCAGCUUUUGUGGAGCAGUCGCUGCCUCUCUGCUGUUUAGGACGACUGUCAGGCUUUCUGGCUCGUAUACGGCAGGAAUCCUUGCUGCAGGGUUAUAUUCAUUUUCACGUCUAACAUGGCAGUGGUCCAUUGCAGCCGAGGUUUUCAGCCUGAACAAUCUGUUUGUGGUGAUGCUCAUGGGUCUUACGGUGGAGUUUCACAAGGCGAAAACUGUCAGCGAGAGAUCAAAGAUUUCUCUCUAUGGUGCGUUUUGCUGUGGGCUCAGCUUGUGUAACCAGCACACUGUUGUACUGUAUAUCGUAUGCAUUGUGAUUUGGGUUCUAGGACAUCAGUUCCUGCAUAAGGAAUUGUCCUUUAGUUAUUUGGUGAAGUUAGGGCUCUGCUUCGCCACGGGGCUCUUACCUUAUUCUUACCUAAUUGUUUCUUCGUACUUCAAUCAAGCACGAUGGACCUGGGGAGACCAGACGACCGUUCAAGGGCUUCUGACUCAUUUACUUCGAGAGGAGUACGGGACAUUCAGUCUGGCAAAAUCGGAAGCAGGAUCCAGUAUGGGCGAGACUCUAAUGUUUCAAAUCAGCCACAUGUGUGUAGAAAUCACUCCUAUGGCUCAAGGUCUCGCCGUGUUAUCACUGUUGCUAUGUUUUACUAACAGGGAGUCCGUCUCCAUUGUUUCUCUCUUUACGGCAAUGCUACUUGGCUAUUCAUUAUUUUUUUCCUGGAGAGCAAAUUUAAACAUUACUAAACCUUUGUUCUUGGGUGUGGUGGAGAGGUUUUGGAUGCAGAGCAAUAUUGUGGUAUGCGCUCUGGCAGGACAUGGCUUGGCCUUAUUGAUAAGAAGCAUAAGGUCAAAAAUGCCAAACAAAAACUUCAUUUUCUACUUAGAAUGGAUUUUCACGGUUGCGGUUGUUGCUCGGCAGAUGCACACUAACUUAAGUGUUUGUGACCAAAGCAGCAAUUAUGUGGUAGACAAGUUUGCAAGGAAUAUUUUGUUCUCAAUGCCUCAGAACGCUAUCAUGUUACUAAGAGGUGAUCUGCCAGGAAAUUCUUUGCGUUACCUUCAUUAUUGUGAAGGACUGCGUCCUGAUCUGUCGUUAGUGGAUCAAGAGAUGAUGACAUAUGAGUGGUAUCUACCAAAGACAGCAAAACACUUGGCAGGCGUCCAUUUUCCUGGCAAUAAGUGGAAUCCAGUGGUAACAAGACGUCUGGACGGAACAAUUACCUUUAACCUUCAGCAUUUUAUCAAAGUAAAUGAAAAUAGGGAGACCUUUGUAUGCAUAGGACUGAAUGAGGGAGAUCCAACAUGGAAGAAAACGCAUUCACUGUGGCCAUGGGGCUGUUGUGAGAAGCUUGUCUCGAAAAAUGUGAUUUUCAAUGCUGAGGAAUGGAUUACGCUGACUAGCAAUCUGUAUAACUGGACGGAGCAGUAUGGAAAGUUUGAAAUUUCCUCGUGGGAAGCUGUAGCCAAUGAAGAGAUGUGGGAAGCAAGAGUGAAAACCGCUUUCUUUAUAUUUGACCUUGCGGAGUCUCCACAUUUGUCGUCAUCUGUCAAAAAUCAGCUGUACCUCUAUUCUUACCAGCUGUACAAAAAGGCAAUAGACAAACAUGAAAAUCACCCCGUUACCUGGCACAAAAACUACGCCAUAGCAUGCGAACGAAUGCUGCGCCAGCACAGGACCGACAUUGAACCGGAAGAUCUUCUAAAGGAUGCCAUCAAACACUUUUCCACUUACGCCAGCAAGGCUACGGCUGACGGCCAGAUCGAGGCCAUACUGCAAGCGGUCGACUACUUCAAAGAUGAAUUCCUGCGACUUAAAAGACUAAAGGGCAAUGUCCGAUGAAGCAUGUCACAUC